AUGGCAAAGACUGUAGCUCCUGGACUCUUGGCUUUACAUCCCCGAAAAGACAUUGUAGUCACUGGCAGUAAUGACCAUCUCUGGAAAAUGUGGGCUUUACCUGAUGGGAACAUCAUCAUGACAGGCGAAGGUCACACUGAUUGGCUUUCAGGCUGCUGCUUCCAUCCAAGUGGCAGCCAGCUGGUCACUUCAAGUGGGGAUACCACAGUGCGGAUAUGGGACUGUUUAAAACGUGGAUGCAUUCUGACUUUAGAAGGACAUGCCCACACUGUAUGGGACUGCUCAUGGCAUUCAUGUGGUGAUUUUGUGGCUUCUGCCUCCAUGGACAACACAAGUAAAAUAUGGGAUGUUAACAGUGAGAGAUGCAGAUAUACGAUGUGUGGCCAUAAAGAUUCAGUCAAUAGCAUUGAGUUUCUUCCAUUCUCCAGCACUGUUCUCACUAGCUCUGCUGACAAGACUUUAUCUCUCUGGGAUGCCAGAACCGGUCUCUGUGUUUACACAUUCUAUGGUCACCUGCAUUCCUGUAAUCAUGCUAUGUUCAACAUGAAGGGUGAUACAAUUGCUUCCUGUGACUCCUCUGGCAUGAUGAAGCUCUGGGACAUUCGGAAGUCGGUCCCUAUUUUAUCUGUAGAUGCAGGCCCACAUCCUGCCAACCAGGUCGUCUUUGAUCACUCUGGUCGUAUCGUGGCUCUGGCGAGCAGCGAUGGAUCCCUUAAGGUUCUGCAACUUGAGUCGGGGCAGCUCUCUAGCCUGCGGGGCCACGGCGGCGAAGUGCACAGCGUUAUCUUCGAUCCCAGGGAUGAGCAGUUAAUUUCUGGGGGUGCUGAUGGUACGGUUUGUCUCUGGACCCGAGGAGCAGCAGCACCCUGCCUAACAUAACCUUAAUCUCAGGAAGAACAUGGUUUGACAACAUAGUGGCGAGGGCUUAGUGACAUGUUUCCAUAGGUAAUGUUUGCAGUGGGAAUAAUCACCCGAAAGGAGUAUUAUUCUGCAUUUUAUCCAAAUAAAACCCCCAAUUUCUCCCUCUCUCUGUCGA